AUGGAUGCUACAUCUCAAUACCAUGGGAGCUUGAUAGCUUUCGAAGGGCCUCAAGAUACAAUAUCAACACAACUUCGACUUCUCCCAAGCUCACCAAACAUACUGAUCAUCCCACCACUCCAACGGUUUAUGAAAGAAGAGGGCCCCAGGCUUCCUUUCCAUGCCCAAUCACAUAUUCUAGCGGUCCACAACGCAUGUUGUGACAGAGCUGAAGUUGCACGGGAAUUCUUACAAAACUCUACACAAAGAAAUAAACGACUGGUAUUCAUGAACGGUGGGACAGCGAGCGCCCAGAUGGAAUGCAUUACCAACAUAAGCAAACACUUGACGAAUGGGGAUUUCGUCAAAGCCGAACGUAUCUUUCACAGGCUAGUCAGAGACGGGGUUGCCGGACUACAAAGCCGGAAUUUUACGGAUAUGAACUUUGAGCCGUCGCAACUAGACGGCGAGGAUGGAGACAUGGCUAGUGAUCCGGCAUCCGAGGCAAUGAGAGCUGCUGAGGCCCUCGACCUCCAAACAGCUUCCUUGCAGCCAAACAAUGAGAUCGAUCUCACGAAUAUAAAUAGGUCCCGAAGCACGAGUGUAGUGACUUAUCGGGCGGUUGACGACUUCCAAAAUAUAACACCUUUCUAUGUUUUCGGGGCGCAAAAGUGGCAAGGGAGGAACACCUGCAACUCAGAUCCCCCUCAGACCCCCCGUCGCAGCCACACUACACUGGACUCGCGAAAGGUUACUCGGCGGAUCCUGGAGCCCACUGGAUCGCGAAUAAGUGAAUUUGACAGCCAACCGAGAUUCGCCGAUAGUCCGGAUGAAGGGUGUCCCGGAAGCAAGCGGUCGACCGCAAGCUUAGACUUGACUAGUCGACAGUCUUUCAAGUUGGAGUCGAUGCCCAACACGCCGUCGAUAUGUGAAGCAUUCGCGGUCGAUGUCCGGCCUUCUGCCACUACCGCUUCUCGUAUGAAUAUCAGGCCAGUAGAUCGAAUCUACUCCAGCGCCAUACGUAACCAGGACAUCUUACUGUGCAGUUUUCCGGAGCCGCCCCGCUCGAGACCACAGAGUAUGGAUGCUAGUACGGGUCCUCACCAAAGCCAGCCAGCGCUUCGAUCGAAAUUCACGACCGAAACCCCAAGAUCAACUUUCAGUACACCGAAUAGGUCUAUGGUUAGGCGGAAUCCUCCAUGCCCUCUCAAGCUCUACAACUCGCCGCUACGGCCCGUAGCUUACGUCGACCGCGGCACAAGUCCAAGGAAUAAUUACGUGGAUAGGGGCACCACUACUGAGCAAGGGCCAACCAAUGGGAUUUCCAAGUCCGAUACCAGGGAUUCUAUAUCUCUCUAUAUCGAAGGUCCCAUUGAAGAUGAUACCCAAGAGUCUUAUGAAGCAGUCCUACCUAUGGUCGAAAAUCUGGUCAUACUCUUCAAAUCUGAUAAACAUGAUCCUCGGCUCGAGGCAACGGUCCAAUCCUUCCGAGAAGGAAAAUACCCUGUAUCCAAAUCGCCGCCGGAAAUGAAAGCGGAAGAGACAAGUCAUCCGUCAAAGGCUGGAGAUCCACCAGAACCGGAGCACGCCGCCCCUGAAAACAAGAGACAUAGCCGCGUUCAACACGCAGAACUAGCGUCGGCCUAUCGGAUGAACUCAGAUGAAUACGACCCCUUCGCGUACGGCAAAUACCCCGAGCCAUCUCGCGUCUGGCCGUUCAAGCCGAGCAUGGCCAACCACGGACCCUCCACGCCACCGACCCCGGCCCAAACUCCACCCUUAGCCGUGCGGAAACUCGACAAGUGUUUCCACGACUUCCCGACUACCGACUGCAGGACGGCCGUGUGCAUGCAGAAUUCUCUCCGCUCCAUCCUCAAUAUCUACUUCCCGCCGGAAGACACCGGCUACCACCAGUUCAACUUCCCCCUGCUGCCCGAGCUCAGCAGCCUAUGGAAGCCCGUCUUUCGAGAAGCAGACCCGGGCACGGUUAUGCAGCGGAAGCGCAAGGUCGAUCUCAUCCUUGCCGUCGGCGCCCAGCAGGGCGUCGAUAGGGAGUUCCUCGGUGCGAUCACUGGCUCUUUGGAGAAGCUUGGGACGAAGCCGAAUGGCGUAAGCCGGAGCGGGAGGUUGGAUUUGAGGUUUCUCAUCGCGAGCGCCAUGCAGGUUUUCACCGCGCAGCCGCUCACCAACCAGACGCAAGACAACCCCUUUUCUAACCCCCUCCUGCUGGCCACACUCAUCAUACCUCACCUCGAAACGUACAUGGCCGCUCAUUCGGCAACACGGUUCCUCCUACUCGAGUAUCCUCCAGAGCACUUAGCAACAGUCCUAGCGUUACAGCGGCUAGUCGGAGUCGACCUGCUAAAAGUAGCCGGGGUCCUGUACUCGGAAGACACGUCCCCCCGGCCGUACCCGGGGUUCAGAGUCCCAGCCCGGACAAAUCCGCACCUGCGCACCGAGUCCGGGCCCGGACUCCUGCGCAGCACUUCGCGCAGCGGCGCCACGCUUCUCGCCCCGACGCGUUCGAAGCACGGCGAGACGCCCCCCUUUGCCAAGGCCAACUUCCUGCUCACGUCCUCGGCCAACGAGUCCGAGAUCGCGACGCUCAUCUCCACGAUAUGGAAGAUCCUCAUCGACAUAUCGGCCUUCUAUAUCCCCGAGGGCAUGGCGUCGUCGCGGGCCUCGAUGCACUCCGAACGGGACUCCCACUCCCACUCGCAUCAUCACCCUCGUAGCCAUCACCAGGGAAGACCGCUAGCCCAGACGCCCCUGAUCAACUCAACGCCGCAGCCCGGCCCCGUAACCAGCGCCAGCGCGAUAAUGGGCUUCCGGCGGCAGCGCGCUGGCGAGGAGGAGGAGUACGACGACAACCUCUCGGCAGAGUACAACUCGGGCACCGUGUACACGGAGGCCAACCCGCCACCACCACCACCCAAGAACCCAUCCUCCCAAUCCCCAUCCUCCUCCACACCCCUCCCCCUCCGCUCGUCAUCCCUCUCUUCCCAUCCUCCCCCUCCCCCUCCCCCCUCCCAACCCCCCACCCCAAAGCCACGCCACCCCCCCAUCACCACCACCACCAAGCCCCCAUCCACGUCCAAACCGCCCUCCUCGUGCCCUUCCGUGCGGUCCGCCCGCACGGCCCGCAGCCAACGGAACAAGCUGCGCAGCCUGCUGGGGCGGGAACCGGACGGGCGCACAGUGGACGAGGACCGAGACGAGCAGAAACACAAUAACAACAGCAACAACAAUGAUAGGUCCGGGGAGAAAGAUAGAGACCAUGACGGCGACUGGGAUGCCUGCGGCUGGGACGAGGAGGACGCCCGGCUCGCGGCCGAGGCCCGCAAGUACAUGCCGCUGUACGGGCAGCGGGGCGGGCCGCGGAAGGGCAGCAGCAGGAAGGCGCUCAAGUGGCUCGGGCUGGCUACCUGAGGGCGUGUUUUUUCUUUUUUCUUUCUUUUUUUUUUUUUUUUUUUAUUUUUAUUUUUUUUUUUUUAAUUAUCUACCUGUCACUUAUCAGUUUCGACUAUUUGUAUCAGCGUUAUUGUUCUGUUGUACCUCAGGUACCUGAGGUAUGGAUCUUCGGAAACUUGGAUACGACUAUCUCUACGCGAUUUCUAUUCGGUACGCGUUUACGUUUCCUGGUUAUUUGUUGGAUUUUAUUGUACUAUUAUACUAUACCUGUAUUAGGACCG